AUGCAUAAAUACUGUUUUGAGGCUCUUGAUCAAAUUCUUAGAGAUAUUCAAAGAUUUAAAGAUCCAUCAAAUUUAGAACGGUCAUUUGGAGGAAAGACAAUUGUUCUUGGAGGGGACUUCAGACAAAUCUUGCCAAUUUUAAAGUUAACAAAGAAUAUGAGAUUGCAAGUAGGAAGAUCUAGUGAAGAUUUGGAUGAGCUAAAGCAGUUUUCUGAUUGGAUUUUGGCAAUAGGUGAUGGAAAGACGGGAUAUUUCAUUGAUGGUGUUGAGAAAGUAAAAAUAUCCGAUGAUCUUCUCAUACAUAAUUGUGAUGAUCCAAUAUCCGGAAUUGUAGAAAGUACAUAUUUCAAUUACUUGACACAUUCUACAGAUAUGAAAUACCUUCAAGAAAGAGCAAUUCUUGCGCCUACUCUUCAGAUGGUAGAAUCUGUGAAUGAUUACAUGGUUUCUCUAAACCAUAGUCCGGAUAAUUCAUAUUUAAGUCCUGAUAUAAUUUGUAUGUUUGAUCAUGCAUUUACAUCUUUGGAACAUGUUCAGACACCUGAAUUUCUUAAUAGUAUUAAUUAA